ACACGGGCCACCUUGUACAUACAUAUAUGUAUUAAUACAACGACGAAACUCGCUUAUGAACGAUCACGGGACUGACGUAAUAUCGCCUAGGCCCCACUACUCGAACCGAAGAUCGGAUCGAGGUUUCAAAGUCCCUGACAAACAGCAAGCGCGCGCCAGUACGCUCCUUUCGUUACUGAAGACUGCGAGGAUGAAGACGAUACUUUCGGCCGUUUUCGCGGUGCUGUGCAUCCAGGCGGUAUUCGGCGUAGACCCUAACGAGCACACCAAAGUGGUCUGCUAUUGGAACAGUACCGCCUAUGAGAGGCAAGGUCCAGCGAAGUUUCAAAUUGAGGAUGUCAGACCCGCUUUAUCUCUUUGCACUCACCUGAUCUAUGGAUAUGCUCACAUCAAUUCCGACUUUGAGGUCGUCCCCGGUUCGCCGAGUUUGGACACCGGAUCGGGCUAUUCCUAUUACAGACUCGCCACGCAGCUGAAGCGAUCGUUUCCCGAUCUGAAGGUCUACCUGAGCGUCGGUGGAAACUCCGAUCCUUACGACGAGGAGCACAAGUACCUCGUGUUGACCGAGACCUCGGAAGGCAGAACCAAGUUCAUCAAUUCCGUCAACCGGCUGCUGAACGACUACGACUUUGACGGAAUCGAUCUGGCAUGGCAGUUCCCGCCGGUCAGGCCUAAGAAACAGCGCAGCACCCUCGGAUCCUUCUGGCACGGCCUCAAGAAGAAACUCGGCUACGGGAAAUUCAAGGACGAGAAGGAGCAGGAACAUCGCGACGGCUUCACGAUCUUGGUCCGCGACCUCAAGUCGCAGCUCAGGCCGAGGUCCAAGGCUCUGACUGUCACGGUGUUGCCUCACGUUAACUCUAGCGUUUACUACGACGCCAGAUUGUUGGCGCCCAACAUCGAAGCGGUGCAUCUCUUCGCUUUCGAUCAAAGAACACCGGAACGCAACGCGAAGGAAGCCGACUUCCCAGCGCCAAUUUACGCCAGUUACGGACGCGUCGCGGAGGAUAAUCUCGACGUUCAAACGAGUUACGGACACGAGGGCGAUGACAAUAUUGAUGCUGCGUCAAGGUACUGGCUGGAGCACGGGACUCCCGGCAGCAAGAUCGUGGUCGGCGUCCCCACGUACGCUCGCACGUGGAAGUUGACGGCCGACAGCCAGAUCUCCGGCGUGCCGCCCAUCGUGACCGACGGUCCGGGCGCCCCCGGGCCCAACACCAACGAGCCGGGGCUGCUGUCCUACACCGAGAUGUGCGCCAAGCUGACCGAGCACGCGGCGGGACGACUGCGACGAGUCGGAGACCCGUCCAAGAAGUACGGCAGCUACGCUUAUGCGCCUUACAACGGCGAAACUGGAGCCGAGGGGAUCUGGACGGGCUACGAGGACCCGGACACCGCCGGCAUCAAGGCUGGGUUCGUCAAGACUAGGGGUCUCGGCGGCGUGGCGAUCGUGGAUCUGUCGCUCGACGAUUUCCGGGGCAUCUGCACCGGCGACAAGUUUCCUAUCAUCAGGGGGGCUAAAUACAAGCUGUAAAGUCGAGCGGAGACUCGCACCUACUCGGAACCGAUGUCCUGGAAAUCUGUACGUCAACAUCCGGCCGUGGGAGGCUCGGAAAAAAUAUUUUGGAUCGACUGGCCGCGACUCCAGCACGGUGGUCGUAUUUAUAUGUAUUGCCCGAGCGAGCGAGCUAUCGAGACUUUUAACGAGAGUUUUUAACGAGAGAAUUUUAAUGAGGAUCGUAAUGCUGGCGCUUCGUAUGUAUUGUACGCGAGGAUAAUAAAAAAAAAUAAGUAUCGCUGCUUUAUUA